AUGAUGCGCCGCGGCUUCUCGGCGGCGGCUCUGCUUGUGGCCGCCAGCGCCAUCCGACAAAACUUGGAGAACGCGCAGGCGACGAGGGAUGUCAUUCGAGGCGAGUAUGGCAGCUAUGAGCUUGGCAGGAAGCUGGGCUCAGGCGCCUAUGGAGUCGUGUACCUGGCCACCGAGCGAGACUCUGGCAGGCGGGUGGUUGCGAAGAUCAUUGACAUCGCCACCCCCGAGUCCCAGUUCUCCUUCCACACCGAGCGCCAUGUGUGGCAGCACAUGCAGAGCUGUGCGGGGUAUCCGCAUCCCAACAUCAUCCGCCACUUCGAAGUUUUGAAGCUCUCCUCGCGACAAGGCGUGGUGAUCAUGGAGCUCGCCAGCGGGGGCGCCUUGUCCGACCUGCUCUAUGAUGGCGUCUCCGCAGAGGGGGCGCUGCGGGGCAAGCGCACCGCGGAGGGCGAUGCGCUGAUCACCGACGAGCGGGCCGCCAAGGAGAUCUUCUCGCAGCUCGCCGCGGGGGUGCAGUGGCUCGCGCAGUGCGGAGUGUCCCACAAGGAUCUGAAGCCGGACAACGUGAUGCUCUCCAGGCCUCUCUCGGAAGGGGGUGUCCUGAAGAUCAUCGACUUUGGCCUUGCUAUGGUGCUGCAGGACAUGGAUCCAGGGUCGGAUGCCAACAUGUACUACAACCUUGCCAGCAAGGUGGACGUCCGCAGCAACCCGGUGGGCGCGCGCACCUUCGACGACUUUGCGGUGGGCAUGAUGCUCGCGGAGAUCGGAACCGGCGUGCCGCCCUUCUUCAACCCAGACUACGACUACUUCUCGGAGAAGGAGGGCAACCUGCAGAAGGAGAAGGGUAUCUUGUACAUCCUGCAGGAUAGGAAGGCCUGUGCCAAGGGCGAUGCGGGCAUUUGGUUCCCCAAGCGCGACCUGGCCACCGGCAAGAUCGCGGUCAAGGCGGCCGUGAAGGAAGUGGUGGGCCGAUCCCUGUACUACCUGCAAAACCAUCGGCACUUUGCCUACGCCAGCGCGGUGGAGAACGGCAUCGGCAACACCCAGCUGCUACGGAGUUCCUGGCUCUACAACUCUGAGUCGGCCAUGGCCCUGUUGCAAUCCUUGCUCCAGUGGAGGGAGGAGCAGCGUGCUGACCCCCGCGCCUUGCUGUCCAGCGCUUGGCUGGCAGACCUGCCGGCUGCGCCGGCUGUGCACGAGCCGGAGGUCCACUCCCACGUGCCGGCCGGUCCGCCGGCCACAGAGCGUCUGACGACUGCAGCGCCCGAGCCGGAGCCGGAGACGGAGGCGGCGCAGGAGGUGACCAUGUGUAAGAUGCCCUACAAGGAGCGGGGCCCGCCGAGCGUGUGCAAGGUGAAGCACUUCAGCCACGAGGACUGCUGGGUGCAGAUCAGGUGUCGCGGAAGCUCCCCGAAGCUGAUGCAGAUGGCUCAGAGCUUCGGUGCCCAAGAUGUGCCCGGCUGCUACAACUGCGAGGUGCUGAGCCGCUAG